GGCGUAUAUUGCGAAGCUGUCAUUGAUUAAUGACGUCAGACAAAGUUGAAUUGUGAUUGGUCAAAAUAGCAGAGGACGGGUUUGUGUUAGAGUACGGUAUACGCUGCGGCGGUUGCUUGAACUCAGAAAGCAGUUUUGUUUAGCGAAAAGAAGUUGCUAUCUUAUGUGAUCCUUUAAUCACGACAACUGAUACCAUGGUUUAUUUGAACUCUGGAAGUUAUUGCGCAUGCUCAUAGUAUAAAACGAACUAAAGACAAUGUUGCAAUGGUGAGCUUUACAGAAGUAACAAAAAAUGUUAGAAUAAAGCAGUCAUACUGAUAUAUUAAAGUGAUUUUGAUUCAAAAUCAUCAUGACCUCUAAACAAGUCUCAGCAAUGAUGAAAAUCAUCCUAAAAAACAUGCUGGACAAGAAGAUCAUAGCUGUUAUUGUAAUAUUUCUGCAGAUGGGAACCCCAGGUCAUUUUCUCCGACAUCCAGACUUUCACACCGCCGAUCACCGUCAUCAUAAAGAUUAUCCUCAUGUGUUCAACUGUGGAAAGUUCUAUUACCGCACAUUUUAUAUGGAUAAAGCCAGAGAUGUUCUGUUUGUUGGAGGCAUGGACAAAAUUUAUGCCUUGCCCUUGAGCAACAUCAACAUCACAGAUUGUGAGUGGCCGGAUGUGUUCCAGUGAUUAGCGCCUCCAAGGUUAUAGUCGUGAUAUAUCGCUGGAUACGAUCUGCAUUCUCAACUGUGGAGGCGUUAUAACCGUGACAGUCAAUCCUGCUAUUCGGUUAAGAAUAUCUGUGUAGACAGUGGGUGCUGCUUACUGGUCGCCUUUCCUUUGAUUACCAAUUUUAAAUUAGAGAUGGGUCUGUUUUCCUGGUAGUUUAGACCAUGAGUCGCAUGAGGUGCCAUUCAGGUUUGGUCCAAAUCUAUCGAAUUAUUGAUCAUAAUCUCCUUGUAUAUUGCCAUUAGGUCAAACAGUAUAUUUCCACUGCUUGUUAUACAACCGUGUAAGAAA